AUGAAUUUCCUCUACCGAGCCGCGCAGCCCGAGCUGCCGCGGAUCCCCGAGCAGCAGGGGGUCCUCAAGACCCUGGAGGGCCUCAUCGCCGACGAUCCGCUCCGCAUCUCCGCCGCGGCGGAAGACGACGAAGCUGCCAGCAACGGAGCCGGGGAGAUCGGCGGCGACACCGCCGCUUCCUCUCCUUCCGCUUCUUCAGAUUCGAAAAGUACAGCUCCGGCCGGGAAGCACAGCGAUGUUUCCCAGGACGAAGGGUGGAUCACGAUUCCCAACAAGGAGCUUCCUGGGGAUUGGAGUGAGGUUUCGGACAUGCUGCAGCUGCGGCCGUUGGACCGCCCCUUCCUCUUUCCUGGCGAGCAGGUUCAUAUACUGGCGUGCCUAUCAGCCUCUCAGCAAGAUACGACCUGCAUAUCUCCGUUUAGAAUUGCUGCCGUGAUGUCUAAGAGCGGAAAUUCGCCGCGGCACCCCACAAAUAAAUCUAGCUCUGUCAGUGAGAAUGGGGAUGCAAAUGGAACAGCCGGAGAAAAUAGUUCUCACGGUGUUGAGGAUAACAUGGAGAGUGUUGAACUCAACGACAAAGCAUCUUCCCCUUCAAAACAAGAUAUUCUGGAGACUGAAUCCCUCCUUCGGAUGGAAGAUCGCAAACAGCAAAUAGAAACCGUGCUGCAAAAAUUCAAAAGAUCUAACUUCUUUGUUCGAAUUGCGGAGUCAGAUGAACCUCUCUGGUCCAAGAAAAGAGUAGCUGCAACUAAGACGGCAGAUGAACAAUUAUAUUCGGAUAGCCAGGGAAAUAACACAGUUUCAAGGAGUACUGCUUACAAUACCAUUUCUGAUAAAGGAGUUUUUGAUGGUAGCACAUCCGGAGGAGUCGCUCGGGAUACUGUAAGGUGCUAUGCUCUGCAGAAUGGAGACAUCGUGGUUGUUUUGCAAGUGAAUGUUGGUGUUAGCAAUAUGGUAGAUCCAGUGCUUGAAGUUCUUCAAUUUGAGAAGUGUACAUCGAGCAAUUAUAUGCGUGAGAAUCUUGUAAACGGGCUUCCUAAUGGUUAUGAGGAUCCUUGUCAGGAGCUGCUUAGCUGGUUGCUCCCUUUAGAUCGCACACUACCUCCUCCUCGUUCUUUAUCACCUCCUACUCUCAAUCCCAGUAUAUCACACAAGCAAUCUUUUUCUGCUCCUGGGUCUCAAAUAUUUUCAUUAAGUCAUUUCCGAAGCUAUUCAAUGCCUUCAUCCUCCUUUGCCCUUGCCCAGCUUCCCAACUUAAGAUCACCCCCAAUAUCUGAAAAUCAAGAAUUUGUGCCUGAAAAGCCUGCAAAAACACCUGAUGUUAUAAAUGAUGGGCAGCUUUCCUUUAGAGGAGUUCCUUUGGAGCCUGAACGGUAUUCUGUACGCUGUGGUCUAGAAGGUGUAUAUCUACCAGGGAAAAGAUGGUCAAGAAAAGUUGAAAUAAUUCAACCAAUCGAAGUUCAUUCUUUUUCUGCCAAAUGUACUGCAGAAAAUCUUCUUUGUGUCUUAAUAAAGAACAUUGCUCCACGGCAUGUGCAAGACAUAGUUGUAUUCAUAGAUGCAAUUACUGUUGUCUUUGAGGAGGCAUCCAGAGGAGGCUCUCCUUUAUCUCUACCAAUUGCCAGUAUUGAGGUCGGACAUGGUCACAGUUUACCAAAUCUGUCACUCAGGCGGGGUGAAGAGCACUCGUUUAUUUUGAAGCCAGCAAUUAUGUCCUCCAGGGAUCGGAGGAUCAACAGCGAUGUACCUCUGACUUUGUCACUCCCAAAGUUGAGUGGAGCUGGCACAAAUACUUCCACGCCUAGGGUUAGCGAGCCCAGCGCUGGUCUUACUGAUCAGUAUGCUGUACUUAUAUCAUAUCGCUGCAAUUAUACAGAAUCAAAACUUUUCUUCAAGCAAGCCACAAGCUGGCAACCCUGUGCAGCUAGUGAUCUUAUGAUCUCUGUGUCUUCUGAACUGUCAUUACGAAAUCCUAGCCCGAGUGCUCGAGUUCCUCAACUCCCUGUGCAGGUCUUAACCCUUGAAGCUACUAAUAUGACUUCAGAAAACCUCACAUUAACUGUUCUUGCUCCAGAAGCAUCUGGUUCUUCUUCAGUUGUAUCAUUGAACUCAGCUCCAACCACACCUGAUGGUUCUUAUGAUAAUCUUAAUGAGCCUAUGAGAAGGUCUGGCUUGGGAAAACAUGGAACUGGUUUUCGGAGACUGAAUUCUGUUGUUGUCGGAUCUCCAAAAGAAAGUGACAAUGGAGGAAAUAGAAUGAGCACUUCAGCAGGCUGUACUCAUUUGUGGUUGCAGAGUGCAGUUCCCCUAGGGUGUGUUCCUGCACGGUCAAGCACCACUGUCAAGCUCGAGCUACUCCCGUUAACAGAUGGGAUCAUUACACUAGAUACAUUGCAAAUAACCAUAAAGGAGAAAGGUCUUACGUACAUACCGGAGCACUCCUUGGAGAUACACGCAUCGUCUGCCAUCUCAGCUGGAAGCUCAUACGGCAGGAUCCAGGAGCUGAAGCAGCCAGAUACUGCUGUUUCUGCCGAAGGCGGUGGUCUCCGCAUCAAAGUGGAUAAACUGGGACCAACGCUUUGUGUUAUCCGGGUUUGCAUAUAUGCAUUUAUACGCGGAGCGCUGAGCGAUUUGGCAGGCUCGUCGAAAAACCUGUAUUGUUGUGUUGCAUAG